GUGCGCGCGUGCAGCAGCAGGCAGCACGAGGUCUCCCGGUUGCCGCUAGUGGAGGCUGGCCAGCGUGGCGUUUUACUCCCCCUCGGCCGCCCUUCUUGCGUGAAGGCGGCCCCCCCUACCUGGUUGUAGCGGGUGGCUAUAGCCCGCCCAUACCUAAUCUACCGCGAUCCGACCUUGUACCCCGCCCGACCUAGGUAGUCCUGGUUGCUGUUGUCGGUAUAUAGGAGCGCGUGCGUGUGUGCGGCUGUAUGCAAAUACGUAUUUCUCCGGGCCCCCCCUCCUCAGCAAACCUUCCUACCAGCUACGCGUUUUGGAGAGCUUGCAAGUCACAAGUUCAUCCCGUCUAUCCUCCUUAAUCCCGUCCUUUUUUCCCCCCUCUCCCCUCACCCACCGGCCUCCCUACUCUUUGCGCGCGCAUACGCACACAUCCCAACAUCCUUCGAGUCGCCGCAGCGUCAGACGAUCCGAAACCCAUUCUCCGCGCCGCCUCCCAGGCCCUCCUCCAGAAACCAUGUCACCGGCAGCUGUCGUGACCGUCGCGCCAACAAAGAAGAACAUUGGCGUAUUCACAAACCCCAAGCAUGACCUGUGGAUCAACGAGACGGGACCGAGCCUGGAGAGCGUGCAGAAGGGCGGGGAGGAUCUGAAGAAGGGAGAGGUCACCAUUGCCAUAAGGAGCACGGGCAUCUGCGGGUCCGACGUCCACUUCUGGCACCACGGCUGCAUCGGCCCCAUGAUCGUCGAGGACGACCACGUGCUGGGCCACGAGUCGGCGGGCGAGGUGAUCGCGGUGCACCCGUCGGUGACGUCGCUCAAGGUGGGCGACCGGGUGGCGGUGGAGCCGCAGGUCAUCUGCAACGAGUGCGAGCCGUGCCUGACGGGGCGCUACAACGGCUGCGAGCGCGUCGACUUUUUGUCGACGCCGCCCGUGGCGGGCCUACUGCGGCGCUACGUCAACCACCCGGCCGUGUGGUGCCACAAGAUCGGCGACAUGUCGUGGGAGGAUGGCGCCAUGCUCGAGCCCCUCAGCGUGGCCCUGGCCGGCGUCAAGCGUGCGGGCCUGGGGCUGGGCGACCCGACGCUCGUGUGCGGCGCCGGCCCCAUCGGGCUCAUCACGCUGCUGUGCGCCAAGGCCGCCGGCGCCUGCCCCAUCGUCAUCACCGACAUCGACGAGGGCCGGCUCAGGUUCGCAAAGGAGCUGUGCCCGGACGUCAUCACGCACAAGGUAGAGGGCCGGCCGAGCGCCGAGGAGGCGGCCAAGCAGAUCGUGGCCGCCAUGGGCGGGCUGGAGCCGGCCGUGGCCAUGGAGUGCACGGGCGUCGAGAGCAGCAUCGCGGCCGCCGUGUGGGCCUCCAAGUUCGGCGGCAAGGUCUUCGUCAUCGGCGUGGGCCGCAACGAGAUCAGCAUGCCCUUCAUGCGCGCGUCGGUGCGCGAGGUCGACCUCCAGUUCCAGUACCGCUACUGCAACACGUGGCCGCGCGCCAUCCGCCUGAUCCAGAACAAGGUCCUCGACCUGUCGCGUCUCGUCACCCACCGCUUCCAGCUCGAGGACGCCCUCAAGGCCUUUGAGACGGCCGCCGACCCCAAGACGGGCGCCAUCAAGGUCCAGAUCCAGAGCCUAGACUAGAUGAGGGGAGUAAUGGAGGGGCUCAUUGUUUCGUUUUGCUGUAAUUACCAUGCCAGGCCAGGGGUUGUCGUCAUCAUCCUGGAAGCAAGAGCAGCGAGGGGUGAUGGGGAUAUAUAAUAUCAGAAAUUCCAAACCAUGAAAGGACCAAAUGGCUGUAGCGACUUGAUAGACUGUUGCUUUGAGAGAUGAACUAGAAGCAGCUGUAAACACUGAAG